AUGGGCGUUCACAUUGGAGGCGUCUUCGCAACGACCGAGAGCGUCAUCGAUUACAGCAAGAAUGAUAGGGAGCUCUCGUAUGAGAUGGCCGAGCAAAAGCAUCUACCUCAAGCGUUCGUCCGCUUUGGUUUGCUGACACCACCAGCGUGCUCGACUUUAACAAGAGUGUUCAGUUCGGUGGCGGAGCGAUCGAAGGUGUCUCAAGGGUUGGGAGAAGACAGAAGGACGAUUGUUGGAAACGCCGUGGGAGAUUUGAUGGUCAUUUCGUUGUUGCCAUCAUUGGAUGGUCGGAAGACUGAUCCGAAAGCGGAGAUCUUGAUCACCCCAGCGGAUUUGGCUGCCAGGGUUGUUGUCAGUGUUGCAGUCGAGUGCGUAGGCGGCUCGGUUGAGGUUAGUGGUGAGGGUCCGCAAGUAUAUGCAUUAGCCUUGGCAUCUCCACUGCUUCAAUGGGGGAAGUUACGCAGAUUGAUAAUCGAUCACUCGGGCGGGCGCGUAUCCGCGGCCUAUGGUCGUCAGAGCGGCGCUAUUCUCCGCAGGGCUCAGUCGUCGAACGAGGUAUGCAGUUCCUCGUUAGAGUUGAUAGCACCGGAGAUCUGUCAAGAUGCACGCGGCAUUCAUGUUCACAACUACCUCCUCCAUUGUCUUGGUUUGAUCGAAAAUGGCGGAGCGGAGUUUUUGGAUGAUGUUCACUCAUCAUCGUUGGGGAGGAGUCUUACGAUGCAGCAAGCACUACGCUACACUGAUGUGUUGUCGGAUGCAAAGUGGCAGCAUGGAGGAGUGCUCAACUUUGCACUUCGAAAGGAAGCGGUAUCGUAUCAUAUGCCUGAUAUGAAUCGAGUGAGGGCAUUGGUGAUGAACUCGAAAGCUGUUCAGGACGCUACUCACAGCAAAAAGUUGAAGGCUGAGGCGGCGGCGAUGCUGGAUCGUAUUAUGGGCAACCAGAGGAGUGACAUUUUACGAGCAUUUGUCAUCGUAUUGCAUCGCGUAUUUGUUUCGAUAUACGACAAAGUACUUGUCAACCACGAUGGUUUGGAGAAGCUGAAAGAACUGAAUAAACGUGGUGCCAAGGUGCUCCUACUACCGACACAUAGGAGCUAUAUCGAUUUCCUUGUUCUCAGCUACAUUUGCUUUUAUGCCGACAUUCGGCUGCCUUUUAUUGCUACCGGAGAUAACUUCUUUUCCAUCGUGGGAAUAUGGAAGAUACUACAGCAUUCAGGUGCAUUCUUUAUGAAAAGAUCUUUCAACAGCGAGACUCAUCCUCUUUACUCGAUUGUUUUCAAGACCUACAUACAGGUCAUCCUGGAGGAGCAAGGGUGCGUAGAGAUGUUCAUCGAAGGAGCUCGCUCUAGAAGUGGGACGAUGAUCCGCCCUCCCAAAGUUGGCCUUCUGAGAUUUGCUACCGAAUCUGCUGUUCAUAAUGCGAUGAACGCCACCUCGAUGACUGACUUUAUAGAUGAAGAGGAUGUUUAUCUCGUGCCGAUUUCUAUCGGUUACUCUAGAGUGAUGGAGGUAGACUCCCUCGCCACCGAGCUGGAAGGGCGAGCCAAGGUCGCUGAAAGCCUCGCCCGAACCGUUUCGGCACUACGUUAUUUAUCUAUGAACUUUGGAACGUUGACGGUGCACAUCGAUCCUCAACCGAUUCGAGUUAGCGAUGUUGUAAAACGUUGGAAGGACGAUCAGAAAAGUAAACACUCUCCUCCUUCCGGGAAGAAGUGUCAUCAAUAUUAUACCACUCCAUUUCAACAACUCGCUGAAGAAGUGGCUGAUCGUUUGGAUGCCAACAUGCCUAUUCACACCACUCACCUGGUGGCUGCAAUUUUGCUGUGGAAACGACACGACUCGUCGCCUGCUGUAAGUCACCCUGUGAUGGUGGACAAAGUGAGAUGGCUCUGUGGUAUAUUGAGGAAAAAUGGUGUAACGGUUAUACUCGACGACAACAAUACCUCCUCAGCUGUCUCUCGCGUGGCUUCCCUUUACGUCGAUCAUGUCGUCAUAUCUGCGCCCGAGGAGGAGACCGGUGAAGUGAAAUACUCGGUAUGUCCUACCAACCCGCUGUUCGCCACACUUCUACUCAGCUACUAUCGCAAUCAGCUAAUCUACCGUCUCGGUCACGAGGCCUGUCUAGUCUUAGCUGGUGGUGAUCCCAACAAGCUGACCUUCCUUCGCGAGGAACUACUACUAGAAUGCAUUCCCCUGGUCAACCCACACGAAACCGCUAUAGAGUCUGCUGAGCUUAAAGACUUCGCGGUGUCCCUCAUUGGACCAGUCGUGGAGUGCUGGUGGAUCGUAGCUCUUGCUGCAUGCAGCCACGGAAGGCCUUGGUCCGCUACUCUCAAUGAACUGGUCUCGUCAGCAUCGACUCUGGCGAAGGAUAUGUUCGCGGAGGGCAAGUGUGUGUAUUUGGAGGCGUGCUCUUUUGACUUCGCAAAGAAGGCAGUUCGAGGAAUGGAGAAGCGAGGAUGCCUAGUGGUGAAUGGUAAGAGUCUCCACGUUGUAUUCGAGAAGAUGCAUGAGCUCUUGGCUCUGCUGCAGUCCAUAAAAGAGUGCCCAGCUCUUCCCCAAACCAGAACACUGUCGAACUCCUCAGAGGCAUCAUGUGGUGUUGAAGAGAAGCCACCACAGAGGAGGUUCUUCACUCAACUCCGCGGGAUGACCCUUGCUAGACCCCUAAGCCGCUCUGCUGACACUUCCAAGAUGUGAUGGCCAUCGGCUGGAUGUCGAGCUGGUCAUGCUCUUUGAGAGAGCUGUUAUCAUAUAUUCGUUUGUCUUUUUGUCAUGGUUAGUU